CUCAUAACAAUUAAUACCUUCCUUCCAAUUCUCUCCCUGAAAAGCCGACACCAUCACGUUUUCCUCCAAACUAAAUUCCCCUGCUUUUCUCUCUCUCUCUCUCUCUCUCUCUCUCUCAUCCCAACGGAUCCCAACAGGCCAAAACGAUACAUCUUCUCUCUUUUUCUCUCUCUGUAUGAAUGAAGAGCGAUAAACAACAGCAACGCCCGCCAACAUCAAACCCCAAGCCCUUCAAUUUCCAAAUGUAUCUCCACAACCUUAUCAUUUAUUCCCUUUUUUUCAGCUCAGGUUUAGUCAUAGGUAUUUCGGUAAGUUUCUAUAUGAAAGAUUUUCCCAUUAACUUCUUCCACAAGCAAUUCUCAAUCCAAACACCUCUUUCCUCACCACCACCAUCACCACCACCACCACCUCCUCCUCCUCCUCCUCCUGAACACUUUCCACCACCACCACCUCAAAAUUUACCACCACUCGAAUUAUUACCUAUUCAAGAUUUUCCACCACCCCAAUUGAUUCAAGAUUUUCCACCACCCGAUUCACCUAUUCAAGAUUCUUUCCCUGAUAUUGAAGAUUCUUUGCCUCGUGAUGAUCAGCAAAAAAAGACCGGUCGGACCGGAUUAAGGGAUUACGUAAAGCCACCUAAUCCAAUGCAUGAUAUGGAAGAUGAAGAGUUGCUUUGGAGGGCUUCAAUGGUUCCUAAAAUUCAAACAUUUCCAUUCAAAUAUACCCCCAAAAUUGGUUUCAUGUAUUUGACGAGAGGGUAUUUGCCUUUGGCUCCUCUUUGGGAGAAGUUCUUUGAAGGGAAUGAAGGCCUUUACUCAAUUUACGUUCAUGCCCUUCCCUCCUUCAACGGAACAGUGUCCGAAGAAUCGGUGUUCCGAGGUCGGAGAAUCCCAAGCAAGGCAGUAGAAUGGGGAAAGGUGAACAUGGUCGAAGCAGAGCGUCGCCUAUUAGCCAAUGCACUACUCGACAUCUCGAAUGAACGGUUUGUUCUGCUCUCCGAAUCAUGCAUUCCCCUUUUCAACUUCUCAACUAUCUACUCUUACGUCAUGGACUCAGACACAACCUUCGUUGAGGCGUACGACCUCGCAGGCCCAGUGGGUCGAGGCCGUUACAACCACAAAAUGAAACCUGUGAUCAAGCUUGAGCAAUGGCUAAAGGGAUCCCAGUGGUUCGAGCUUGACCGCCAACUCGCCAUCGAGGUGAUCUCGGAUCGAAAAUAUUUUCCACUGUUCAAGAAAUAUUGCAAGCCACCAUGUUAUUCUGAUGAACAUUAUUUACCCACAUUUGUGAGCAUGAAAUUUGGGAGGAGGAAUGCAAAUAGGACUUUGACUUGGGUUGAUUGGACGAAUGGUGGGCCCCAUCCGACAAGAUUUGUUAGAACAGAUGUGACCCCCGAAUUGUUAAUAGGGAUGAGGACUGGAAGACAAUGUUUGUACAAUGGAAAGAGGACUAAUGUGUGCAACUUGUUUGCAAGGAAGUUCCUGCCUAGCACUCUGAGUAGGUUAUUGUUGUUUUCUACGAAGAUCCUAAAGUUCUAAUAUGGUGUCAGGGAAAUUUUCCUUUGUUUAUUAGUGAGUACAAUGAUUUUCCUCAUUUAAAUUUUUUUGGACAUAAAUUAAUUUGUUUAUUCAUGUCAUUACAUUUUUUCUAAGAUCUUGAUGUGUAUAACUUUUCUAUGUAUAGGAAAACCAACAUGACAAUCAUUGGGAAUCACUCCCCAAAUUGUUAACCGCAC